GGCAUCAUGCUGUCAGCGCUUCAGCUGAUCUGAGUGCAACUGAUUCUCGCCGACAGACAGGCAGCUGCUCCGCUCGUCAAAUGGCAGCGUGCGGCUUCGCUCGAGCGGCAGACCGCUGUGGUGGAUGGAGGCGCCACUAACACCGGAGGUGAGGUCCGAAUCAGCUUCUAAACUGAGCGAGAAGCACAUGUUGCACCGAGUUGUGAAGCCACAGUUUUCCAGUGGUCGUUCUUUUUUCGCUUUGGAGCCGUUUUUCGGAGCUUUUCUUCUCAGUUUGGCGACACAAAACUGUAAUGCGAUUGACUGAACUCGGCUGAGAACAUGGUGGGAGUGCGUUUUCCUGACCUGUUUCUGUGCACGUGAAGCCACGGCCAUGGAGAGCAGCGUGUGGAGAACCUGCAAUUCCACGUACAACGUCACCUUCUUCUACAACCUGGUGGGCAAAGAGGUCAGCGUGAGAUGGUCGUCACGUGACUACCUGGUGAUCGGGCUGGGCCUGACCGUCUGCUCCAUCGUGGUCCUGGCCAACCUGAUGGUGAUGGCGGCCAUCUUCAUUAACCGCCGCUUCCACUUCCCCAUCUACUACCUCCUGGGCAACAUGGCCGCCGCCGACCUGUUCGCCGGCGUGGCCUACGCCAACCUCAUGCUGAACACGGGCCCGUGGACCAGGACUCUCACCAAGGAGCAGUGGUACAUCCGCGCGGCUCUGAUCGACAUCAGCCUGACGGCGUCGGUGGCCAACCUGCUGGCUGUGGCGGUGGAGCGCCACCAGACCAUCAUGGCCAUGCAGCUGCACAGCAACAUGAGCAAGAGGCGAGUGGUGCUGUUGAUCGUGUGCAUCUGGGCCAUCGCCAUCAUCAUGGGCCUGGUGCCGUCCACCUUUUGGAACUGCGAGUGCAACCUGGACGACUGCUCCACCAUCACGCCGCUCUACAGCCGCCGCUUCCUGGUCUUCUGGGCCAUACUCAACCUCCUGGUCUUCUUCAUCAUGGUGGCCGUCUACACGCGCAUCUUCGUCCACGUCAGGUACCAGAGUCGCUACGCCGCCCAGCACUCGUCGGAGCUGCGCCACAGCCAGACCGUGGUCAACCUGAUGAAGACCAUCUCCAUGGUGCUGGGAGCGUUCGUCAUCUGCUGGACGCCCGGGCUGCUCACCCUCCUGCUGGAUGGACUUCUGGGGAAGGCCAGCCACGCCAACGCCUACGAGAAGUUCUGCCUGGUCAUCGCCGAGUGCAACUCCCUGGUCAACCCCAUCAUCUACUCCCUGCGAGACCACGAGAUGCGGAGGACGUUCAAGUGGAUCUUGUGCUGCUUGUGCCAGAGGAGGGACCAGCGGAGGCGGGGUCCCAUCGAGAUCGACUCGCUGCCAGAGGACUGCGAGCAGAAGAUGGAGGACAAAGACGCCAGCGUCAAAGAAGACAGAUGGACACUCGGGACAUGACGGCGGCCGACAAUAAAACAUUUGCAGUUCAUUUUCUUUUAAAUCCAUCCUGUUCUCCGUGGAGUUGAAUACAAGAAUAUAACCAUGAGGUGGUGCAAUCUCUCCUUUUAUUACAUUUGACUAUCACAAGAGCGUUUGUGACAAAUUAUAAAAUCAAACACUCCUACAAUCUGAAAUCAAAUACUGGAAAAAAAAAAUCACACUAAAUCAUUUUUAUUAAUUUUCUAUUAAGAACACUACAAUUUGUCAUAUUCUUCCUUUUGUUUACUCUGUCUAGAACAAUUCUAAAGUUGAGGUAUAAAAGGAGUUCAUACAGACUCGCAGGUCUGGAAACAGUGGGGGUUAUAUACAAGAGAUAUGGAAAGACAGAGGUAGAGAGAGGGGGGGUAAAUACAAGGAAAAGAAGUGAGAUACAAAUAUGCUAAUAAAAAAAGAAAAACUGGGGUUUAGUCG